CUGUCCCCAAUGCUGUCUUCAUUCUCAUCCUUGGGAAGGUAAGAAACCACUCCUCCAUUAUAUCAGCUGUCCUCAAUGCUGUCUUCAUUCUCAUCCUAGGAAAGGUAAGAAACAACUCCUCCAUUAUAUCAGCAGUCCUCAAUGCUGUCUGCAUCCUCAUCCUAGGAAAGAUAUAUGAAAUACUGGCAUUCAAGCUCACUGAAUGGGAAAACCACAGAACACAGACCAGAUAUGAUGAUGCCUUAGUCACCAAAAUGUUUGCUUUCCAAUUUGUCAACAGUUAUGCCUCUUGUUUCUACAUUGCAUUCUUCAGAGGACGUUUCUCUGUAUUUGGUUACACUGAUGAGUGUGUAGGAGACAGGGGCACAAUGUAUGUCACAGCUUUCUUUCCAAAGUCCUCAUUCUCAUGA